AUAAAUCCUAUCAAAGCAAUUCUAAAGUAUAACAAAUAUGGCAACUACAAAGUCUUGCCGGCUGUUAUAACCUCUAAAAAUAUCAAUCAAAACAACUAGCUCAAACAAAGUUUCUUCGUUCGUGGACUUUCGAAAUAGAAAUGUUUCCUACAAAGCAUGGCGUGAUAUUCCGUACACCGGAACAACAUCAGCCACCAGAUGACAUCAGUCUCUCAGGCAAUACAUAUUACCCAAAUUUGAAUUCACGAGAUUACGCCAAGCGACCCCUGAAUCGUCAUAUUCGUAUGCACAAAGCAUGGGAAUGUAUAUCAAUUAAUUCUGAGCAAGAGGCACUUAUAGCUACCAACAAGUUAUCGGGUCGUGAGUGGUCAGGAUCUCUGUGGGGAUUCGAAGGGAUUGGUGACGGUAGUAUGUUGAAGCCAUCGAAAGCUGUCUACAAACUGCAGUGUCCAACUUUAGUUUCCUGCUUGCAAUUCGUUUCGGAUAAUAUUUUCAUUGUAGCGUUGCGUUCAGGUCGCGUACAGGUAUGGUCUACAAGAUCGGAGGUGCGCAAUCCACAAAUACCGUACUGUAUGUUCUUAAUUGGUGAAAAAUGUGAACAUUUACGGCCCGUUACUUGUUUGGAUGUAAUGAAAAAUGUAGAUCAUGCGUCUACCGGCAGCAAAGAUGGCACUUUAAAAGUCUGGGAUAUGGGUUCUGCUGAUCUAUUUUCUAUACACACUUUUCGGUAUGCACACACAGACGUAAUUACGGGUGUUGCAGCUUCAAACACAGAUGCAUCAGUAUUUGCUACAUGCUCAUUUGAUCAAAGUGCCUUACUUUGGGAUGAUCGAUUGACGAGACCUGCCAUAGCUCUUUAUGAGAAUUACUCAUCGCGUUUUAAAAAUUUGGCAUGGGCAGAAUGCAGUGAUCACUUGUUACAUGUUGGUGACGAGUCCGGUUUUGUGCACACAAUUGAUACACGUGUACCAAAAGAAUUUUUGCAGAGCUUCAAAUACUUGAACAGACCAAUUCAUAAAAUUUUGCCAAAUGGGAAAAUGUUUGCUGUAAUUGGUGAUACAAAUUUAAUAAAGAUAGUGGAUGAGGAUCUGAAUACUACGAUCUACGAAAAUGGCGAAUCGGACAAUUUCGUGCGGGACGCAGUUUGGCGCGGAGAUUCAGAUCUUUUGACGGUUGGCUUUGAAGGCAGACUUCGUGUACAUAAGAUACUGUAAAAGUUUAAAAUAAUAAAUAGAUAUUAAAUUACAAUUUAUUACUAUUAUGUAUAAUUCAGAGUUAGCAUUGAUACUAAUAAUAAAUUGCUUACUGGAAUAUUACAGUCAAAACUGAUUUUAAAAAGCAAUUUUAUGCAGAUCCGAAAAUUCAUAAUAAAUCGUGUUAUCAAACGGUAUAAACGAA